AUGUCCAUAACGUUGACCCUCCCCGUAGAAAUUCUAGAAAACAUCGACAUUGUCACCACCCAAGCCAACCAGAUAACCAAACUCCGGCUCCAAUUGGAGGAAGCUAAUGCUUUGAAUUCUACGAUGACCCAACGUCUCAUGGCGGCGGAGGCGGAAAUACGAUCUUUGAAAGAUCAGGUGUCUAAAUUGCGCCAGUCGCAAAAUGUGCCGAAACCCCAGCCCGUCGUGAUUAAACCAUCCGCCAGCACGACAUCCUUGCGACCGACGGUGUCCAGGAACCCUGCAUCUGAGCCUAAUAUCAUCAAAGUACAGCCCAGUCAGAAAGCUGACGGGAUCGAGCCGGAUGUUACUUGGAAGCAGACCCUGAAGAAGAAGAUCGAGGACGAGCUUCGUCCGAUGGUCAACGAUGCUAAGGAGUCCUACGAGACGAAGCUCAAGAAGUCGGAUUCUCAGGACACCAUCACUCGCUCCAAGGCUUCUAUCGAGUACAACACCUCAAUGGCAACAAUACGAGGGCUAGCAUCAGAACAGUUUCAGACGGCACUCGAGAGGGAAAGGCAGGAACGGAGGUGGGCCGCAGGGUUGGAACUGUCUCCCGAAUGGGGAGAAGCUUUGAUAGCAGAACAGCAAUUGCUCCUGACCAAGUUCGCCGCUGAGGUAUUUCCUAUCCUGGUUUACCCGAUUGCUGGAGAUGCUUGCUGA